AUAUAAAGCGGAACGAGGUGAGCCAGUUUAUCAGUUGAGCUCUUACAGUUGAACCGUCAACAAACAUGAAGGCCGUAGUACUCGCACUCUCUGUGGCUGCUGUAGCCCUGGCUGCCCCUCAAGGGGGCUACAAUUACCAAGGUCCCGUCGUCCAGCCCCAAUAUUCAGCCCCUGCUCCCGAAUACAGCGACGCCCCAGCCCAGUACACCUUCCAAUGGGACGUCAACGAUCAGUAUUCCGGUAACUAUUACGGACACCAGGAACAGAGGGAUGGCCCCAACACCCAAGGAAGUUACUACGUCAGGCUGCCCGAUACCCGCCUCAUGAGAGUCGAAUACUACGUCGACGAAUACGGAUACCACCCAACUGUCACCUACGAAGGAGAGGCUCAGUACCCAAGCGCCCCUGCCCAGACCUACCAGCAGCCCGCCCCUGCUCCAUCCCAGGUCUACGUCCAGCCCGCCCCUGCUCCAUCCCAGGUGUACGUUCAGCCCGCCCCAGCUCCUCAGCAGACCUACCAGCAACCGGCUCCCACGCCCUCCCAGCUCUACGUCCAGCCAGGAAAAUAAGACAAGACGUUCAAUAGGUUCACCGAGGAAGUGAAUUCACCCGGGAAGGAUCCUUCGGAGCUGAAGCCUUUCGGAAUCCCGCUGUGCGUCUAAAGAGGGGAACAAAAAUUGCGCUUGCGCGAUAGCAUUUUUUUUUU